UUAAUGGCAUAAGGGCUUCCCCCAUUUUUGUGGUUCUUGUCUAAAGUUCUUAUCUUUACACCUUAAUUAAUGAUUUCUCUUGUUUUAUUGGAUUUUAUUUUUCAUUCAUUUUUGUGUUGGGAAAUUUAAUUCUUGGUGUAAGCACAUUCUUUGUAGUUGAAUGUUCUUUUCCAUAAUUAAAGCAUCAUUACACAAUUAUUUGGCCUUGUCUCCUAAUUUGACUUCACCUUCAAAGCAUCAUUACACAAUUAUUACAAUCACUUUUAAUUUUGCUGGAAUGUGGGGUUAGUUGCUGUCUUAACCACUUAAUUUAGCUAACAUUCUUCACAUUUUUGUGUAGCAUGUUCCUCACACCUCAUUUAUUGUUUGCCAUAUUUAACGUUGAUGCCUUUACUUUUUUAUUGUUUCACACCUUUCAAGAGGAAGGGGGGCUAGGCAACACCCCCCAUUUCAAAAUUGCAACUGUUUAUUUCCCUUCUGUGUAGGGGGCAUGCCAUCCUCCCUUUGUUUUCUUUGCCAGAAUUUAUUGCCUUACAUUGACCUUUCAUCUUUGUGCAUCAAACCUUUUUGUCCUAAUCUAUUAUUUAGGCUGUUUCUUGGUUUGUAGUAACUCAUUUCUCUUGAUAAAUAUUGCAGUUUGUUGUUUCAAUAACAUUACAUGUUCCCUUUAAUGAUGUUAUGGACCACUUCAGUUUACUCAUUUGGUCCCAAAUUUCCCUUUUUGUUAACCACUUCUUGAUUUUUGGGUUAGCUUUUGUGCAUUUUCUUACAAAUUCUUGUAUGAUUCUUGUAGAGUGUUAUACUAUCUUUUUAUUCGGCAGGUUGUCUGAAGGUGAUCUUCAACGAAUUUCCGGGAAGGGUAGCGAGUUUCAAGCCCAUCACAAGAUUCUGCUAAAACGAGGGGGAAGUGAUCAUAACUCCUCUCAACAUUUUCAAUCUCACUUCAUGGAAAUGGACAGUCUAUCCGACCUAACGCAAGAGGUUCGUGACUGGAGCUGGCACGAGCUUCUAGCAGCGUUGAAGCAGUUCCAGGAGCUGCUCCCUCGAGCUGGCUCAUUGGCAUUGCUCGACAAGUGCCUGGAGUCGCUGAUUGGCAGAGUCGCAUCGUCUUGUGAGACGAGCCCCUCUCCAUCUGUCUCAUCUUCGGAUGGCUCUGGCCUCAGGCUGUCGUGUGACACGAGAAGCACGGUGAGCUUGAAGAGUGGCGUGUUCAGAGCCACGUGGUGGUUUGAAGAUCUCGUGGCGCUAGGCACUGAUCUGAUCCGAAUGCUGGUGACAUUGAUGGUGGCUAGAAAAAUUGAUCAUGGGAUUAUCAGCAGAUUUCUCUUCUACUAUCAGAAAUCAAGAUUUGUCACUGCCUCAGCUGAUGAGAAGAUCAAGAUCAUCGAAGUUGUUGCUGACCUGCUGGAUUCGUUGGAUGUGAGGUGCGUUUCGUACAAGAGCUUAUUCGGGAUGCUGAGAGUUGGUCUGAACUCUAGCAGCCGCGAUAAGUUGGAGAGCAUGAUCGGUUCACGGUUAGAUCAGGCGACCUUGGAUGAUUUGCUCGUCCCAUCUCCGGUUGGGACGAGCUGCCUCUAUGAUGUGAAUCUUGUUAUUAGGCUCGUGAAGUCCUUUCUUGGAAAGGGCGUUUGCUGCGUGCCAUUGAGCCGGCUUAGGAAAGCCGCUGUCUUGAUGGAUCUGUUUCUAGCCGAAGUAGCCCCGGAUCCUCACUUGAAACCGUCCAAGUUCUUGGCGCUGAUCAUAGCACUGCCCGACUCAGCUAGAGACUCGUGCGAUGGGGUGUACUAUGCGGUGAAUUUGUAUCUCGAGGUUCACUCGGGCUUAUCCGAGGAGCAGAAGAUGAAGGUAUGCCGCGGAUUAACCUACUCGAAGCUCUCUCCACAAGCACUCGACCACCUCACGCGCAACGCCAAUUUCCCUCCAAAAUCCGCGGUCCAAGCCGUCGCCUCUCAGCAACACAGGCUAAAAAGCUUGCUCCAAGACACGGGCCGCGCCACUUCAACCGAGGGGUCGAAGCAGGUCGUGCUCUACGCGAAGAAGUUCAACCUAACGGACGAGAACGAGAAGAUCAAGGCGCAUCUCCAAGGGAUGCAAUGGAGAGUGGUGGAGUUGGAGAAAGUGUGCAGGAAAAUGCAAGUGCAUAUGACUAAGGUGAUGAAAUCAAGAAUGGCAAGCCAUAGUAGUGCCAAAUCUGUACCUAGGCUUUGUUCAUAGAGAUGAAUCAAGAUUUCAUUUUUUUAGGUUUUUGCAUCUAAAAUAUUAUUGUACAAAUCUAUGUACAUACAAUGAGCAAUGUCCCUUUUUUUUGUAGUGAGGUAGUUGUCUUAAGUUGUGUGUUUAUUCACAGAGAAUGAAGGUUUGGAUGUAAGAAGAGGCGUGUUUGUGUGUU